CUAACAAGAAAACGUUAUAUUGGCAGUCUAUUAUUUUAAAGAGACCCCAGGAGCCAUAUGGUGAUCUUUUCGGUGUUGCCUCAUGGCACAGUACGCCACGGAGUCCAAAUUUCUUAAUAUUUCAAAGCGCAAGAUUUAGCGCAAAUGCAAAGAUGUCUCGCCGAAGUCAGAAGCUGGUUGAGUUCGGGAAACCUCUGGUACUUGUGAGGGAGCCGGUGCCUAGAGCUCCCCCGGGAGGGGCCGUGGUGCAGGUGGCCUUUGCCGGGGUGUGCCACUCAGAAAUACAUUCUGCAGACGGUCAAGUCCCAGGGCAGGAGCUACCACUAAUUUUGGGCCACGAAAUUUCUGGAACAGUCACAGAGAUGGACCCUGCUGUAAGAACCGAUGUGAAGGUAGGUGACAGGGUGGUGGUGUACAGUAUGGGAGGGUGCUCGGCAUGUAGCAGGUGUGCAGAAGGAAACCCCCUGGACUGUCUGAACUAUGUCAGGAACUCAAAUGGAGCUUUCAUAGAUGGAGGCUUCUCUGAUUAUGUUGUUUGCCCUGAUGCCAAGCUGCUACUGAAGGUACCAGACUCCUUAUCCAUGGACACAGCCUGUCUGCUCCCCUGCUCAGGGUUAACCGCCUACAAUGCUGUGACCAAGAUUGUGCCCACUGUGUCUGACUUUGCAAGGCACUCAGACAACUGUGCUGUACUCCUAGUAGGUGCAGGUGGCCUCGGUCUGUGGGCUGUUCAGAUUGCCAAACAACUGCUGCCCUCUAAUGUGCGUUUGGUGUGUGCUGAUGUUGAUGUUGACAAACUGGCUUCUGCCAAAUAUGCAGGUUGUGAUGUGACUGUACACUGGGGAAAGGGAGGCUCUGAACGCUCCUUGCUUGCUGCUACCAGAGAAGCCUGUGGGACAUCCCAGUCUGCUGUAGCAGCCAUUGACUUCGUCAACUUGCCUGAAACGUUUAAACGUGUGGAAAGGGUUCUUUCUAUGGGUGGCAUACACGUCAUGGUUGGCAUCAUGGCAAAGCCUGGAGUUCUGGGCACCAUCCCUCUGACUCCCUUUGUGUUGAUGAAGCACACCCUGACUUCAGUGGCAGUGGGGAGUGUGCAGCAGCUCAGGGAAGUCAUGGCUCUCGUGGCAAGGGGGAAGAUAAAGCCACCGCCAAUUUCCCAUCAUCCCCUGGAGAGUGCGUGGGAUGUCAUGCAAAGGCUGAAGGCUGGAAAGGUCAAAGGUCGUGCUGUCCUGAAGCUGGCAAAGUUGUGAUGAAGUGUCAGCUCAGGAUAAUGAAAUAAAAUUGAUGAAAAAAAGCAGUACCCUAAUUAAGCGAGCCACCAGUACUGAUAUUUUACUGUCAGCAACUGAUCAGUUACUAACAGUCUCUUUUCAGUAACAUAUUAGUAUGAUAGCUAAAAAUGACCUUGCAAUGAUAAGCAGCAUCUGAUGCCCUGAGCAGAAUGUCAUUUAUGUCCUUCUCUUGCCCUCCUAUUUAGUGUCUUUCAGUGCAUUUUCUACUGAAAAAGUCAAGGUGCAUAUUUUCUUGUAGAGCUAAAUUUUAUUGAUUAUCCUGUCUAACCAUGUAUACAUGUAUGAAUGUGCACGUGUUUAAGUAAGAAUUAAUAAAUCAGACCAUAUGCAAACUUGGUAAACAUUAUGCAUUUGCUUUGCAAAUGUUACCUUUCUAGUUACAAAUUGUUCGCGUUGACACACUGAUCAUGACUCCACUCAGUGUAAGUUGUGGCUGGAUGGGAGAAUAUUUUUGAAUUAGCGUCUCGGUUAUAGAAUGACAUAUAUUUGAGUCUAAUAUGUUAUCUAGUGCCAGUUGAGGUGCAUAUGUGCGCAUUACAUUCUCAACUGUACUGGAAGGUUGCGGAUAUAAGAGAGGGGACUGCCUAGACUUGUUAUCAGGACAACUAACACCUAACCUUUACAUCAACGAAGGAUUAAAUCCGGUCUUAUGCCUCUUAAAGCCACACCUUUUCUGUAUUUUAUCCUGCAAUAUUUGAUGUUACCUUUGACAUCGAAAUGAAACGAAACGAAAGGACAUAUAUUUGAGUCUGUUAUCUAGUGCCAGCUGAGGUGCAUAUGUGUGCACUACAUUCUAAACUGUACUGGAAAGUGAAGUAAAUAAGAGAGUGGGCUUCCUAGACUAGUUAACAGGAGAAGUACCGCCUAACCUUUACAUCAAAGAAAAAUGUAAUCCGGUCUUAUGCCCCUUAUAUUAUAGCCACACCUUUUGUGCAUUUUAUCCUGCAAUAUUUGAUGUUAUCUUUGACAUCGAAAUGAAA